GAAGCGGCGCCUGGCAACACUGAGGAAGAAGAAGAGGAAGGAGGAAGAGGACGAGUGGAUUUGCGUGCGUGUUUGUGUUACUUUUCUUCCCUCUACCGUGUUUAUUAGUGCCGGAAUAACUCCUUUGUGCCGUCCACGAUGAGCGAAGACAACACAGAAAUCAAAGGAGAAGCUGAGGUGGACCUAAUGGAGGAGCUGCUUGACUCUGCAGAGAAUUUUGAUGACGAGCUCAAUGAUGUUGCUGAUGAUAAAUCCAAUAAACGACGAAAAAAAGCUGGAGAAACAAAGGAUGCUGCAGCAAAAUUGAAAAAAGAAGAACUAAAGGAGGCAUCAGUCAAGAGAGCAAAGCUAAAGGAGAAGCAGGAAGCUCUUCGGAUGAAAAGGGAGAAUAAAAAGAAGGCAAAACCUGUCAAGAAGGAGAUUGAGGGUGAAGAAGGAGACAAAGCAGCAGAGGGUGAUGGAGACAUGGAGUUUGACACACGAAGUGAAGCUUCUUCUGAUCACCAACUUUCUGAUGAUGAGCCCUCCAUGAGUGAUGCCUCCAGGACAUCCUCCAUCUCAAGGGAAUCAUCAGUUGAGAAAGAGGAGAUAGAAGAGAAGGAAGAGAUCAGAAACAGAAAACGCAGUGCAUCUGAGGCCUCCCUUAAAAGUGUUGAGGACCAUCCCAUGAAGAAUGUAAAAGAACAUCCUAUAAAGAAGAAAUAUGACUACAUUACAAAAAUAAACUACAUGUUCCGUGAUGCCAGAUUCUUCCUCAUGAAAUCAAACAAUGCUGACAACAUCUCUCUCUCCAAGACAAAAGGGGUGUGGUCCACUCCUCCACAGAAUGAAGCUAAGCUAAAUCAAGCCUUCAGGGAAGCCAGAAAUGUAAUUCUGAUAUUUUCCAUCAAAGAAAGUGGACGAUUUUGUGGAUUUGCACGACUCGCCGGGGAAUCACGAAGAGAUUUGCCCCCGGUCACCUGGGUCUUGCCACCGGGGCUUUCUGCACGGGCUCUUGGUGGAAUAUUUGAGCUUGAUUGGGUAUCCAGGAGAGAUUUGUCUUUCACCAAAACUCAGCACCUCUACAACCCCUGGAAUGAGGGAAAACCAGUGAAGAUUGGCAGAGAUGGUCAGGAAAUAGAACCACGUGUAGCAGAGGAGCUGUGUCGCUUAUUUCCUAAAGAUGAAGGAAUAAAUCUCACGCCAGUUUUGCACAAGAGUAAACGUGCAUCAAGAGUGGCCCGUGCCAGGGGUCCACUCCGCCGGCCUCUACAGUCACCAGGAGACCGCCGGGGCCGCCCAAGAGAACGUGGAAGCUUCAGAGGCCGUGGGGACGUUGGCUUCAGCCGUGGAGCUGGACGGCGCAGACGGUUUGAGGGAGAGGACUACGGGCCGCGGAUGAAGAGACUACGGGGACCACCGAGCUUCAGAGGCAGAGCAGAGAAACCAGGACUAGCUAUUCCAGUGCCGGCAUAUCCACGGGAGCGAAUGAGAGAGCGCUCCCCUGUAUACCGAAGUGUUCCUCGUCGAGAGGGUUCUUCAUAUAAUGGAACAAGCAGCCAUAAGCUGACCUACCAGGACUUCAUGAGGGAGAUGAGGGACUUCCACACACGUGCACCGAGUAACCUGCCACCAAUGGCCUUUCCUCCACCACCACCAUUUGAUCCCAUCGGGCCACCUCGGUACUAUGAUGGACCACCUCUGCCUGACUACCCGGCUGCUCGUUCUCGCUCAGAGAAACGACCAUCAAGUGAUAUUCAAAUUGUCCCUUUCCAGCCAUAUGACCGCAGUGUAGACGAGUUCCUGCAGAGAACGAGAGAAAGACGAGACAGAAGCCGGGAGCGAAGGUACCGAGAACGCAGAUAAUUUGAGUAAUACACGUUUUCCACCCGAGCUAAUAAAAAUGCUUUAAACGAAGUGGAAUAUUUAUAAGGAAGGAGAUUAUGCUUAAGUUACAAUUCAGCAACAAUUUUGAAGUAUUUCAGGUGAGUUUCAAAGCAUAGUGGUGUGGAGUAUAUGAUGAUUAAUAUAGAACUUGGAUUUCAGUGCAUUUUUAUAUGAUCACUAAAGCCAGUGUAUAUUGUGAAAACCUCUUGGACUUUGGUUCCUCAAUGUGCACAGUCACACAGACUGAAUCUAGUCUGGCAAGUGCAAUAAUCAAAAUAAUGCAUAUAUUUUUCUGAUAUAAUUUGCAUCAGUAUAUUAAUGCUAUUUCACCAGUAAAGGAAGAGAACAAUCUACCUAGGAGAGGCAAAAGGGAGAAUAGAAGUGUUACAUUUUCCAGCGGUGAAUCAUUGUCAGAAGUGAAGUAAGGACUUGCUCCUCCUGUCUAAUAUCAUAACAUGUAAGCAGAAAACAUUACACUACAGUAUUUAUUAGUUCAACAAUAUAGCCUGUGUUUAUGAUGUUUAAUGUAAUUGAUCCAUUCCAGAAAUUUCAUGUUUUGUUUGGUCAUUCUUUUUUAUGAAAUAAAGAAACAAGGACUUUUGUGACAAUUUCAGAGAUGAAAAAUAUUUUGUCAUUGAGAAUAUUGAAUUAACUGUUAUUGGAGUUUUUGAGAGUAAGGUGCCACUUUCAGCAGUGGUGUUACAUAAGUCUAGUCUUCAGGCCAGACUAGUCCAGUAUCUAUAAAGACCAACACUUUUCGAAUAUCAUGUAAAGAAUAUGUACAUAUGAUUAAACACUUAGAAAUGACCAUUUAAAUAACAUGGAAUGCUUCUGAAGUGUAUUUUGGACAGCUACCUCACUUCAUUUACCUCCAGCAAGUGAGUUGCAGCAUAGAGUUCUUAGCUGGCUUUAGAUAAGAGGUAAUUUUAACCUGUAUAUUUUAUACUCCCCCUUUUUACUGCAAAGACAUGACCCUCUCCGGUUAUCAUUAAGAAUAGAUAUUUGUUUAUUUCUCAUCAUCAGUGUAUUACAAGGCAAUACUUUAAUACAGCUGUAAUAUAAAUGAUUCUGCAACUACCUGUAAAUAGAUGUUUAGGGCUACUUAAGCCAUCUAAGCACAUAUACCUUUUAUUUUCAUACAUGUUCCCCUCAAUUGUUACAACCCUAUUUUUAUAAUGUAAAGUCAGCAGCAUUGUAAAGAUGUGUCAUUAUUUAUCUCAACAUACUUUAGGCACUACUUUAGUAGCACCUUUCUUGUGUAAAUAUUACUGUUUUGUAAAAUGGAAAUACAAACUCCAAUUUCAUGGAACCCAUGGAUAACUAGAUGCUAGCUACAUCAGGUGUAGAUAUCCAUGAAAGGUAAUGGAUAUCUUCUCUUAAUAAUUUGGAAUUACUAUCAUUAUUAUUUUACUUAUUUAUUUACUCUAUUAAAAAUACAUUCUGUAUUCCAUUGCAUGUAACAACAUGCAAUAGAAUUCACAAAUGUGUAUUGUGCUCCUAAAAAUGGCAUUGCUCCUACAGUACAAGAGGAUGAGGUUAGAUCUCCACUACACCUCCCCAUAACUAUUUGUACAUAUAGUUCUCAUCAGAAUGGUCACAAUACUUUUUUGACUCCCCAACCUACCUCUGUAGAAAACUGUGUCCUGAUGAUGAUGAUUGCUACUGUUAUUAUAUUUUAUUAUUACUAUUGGCCAUAUCAAGGCAGGCUGAGUCAACCCAACCAAUAUUCUAAGCACCUGCGUGUUGGCUACCUCACCCACACGGAGGUGGGCGAGGUAGCUGGAGAUGUCGCCAGCAUGGUUCAGAGACUGGGAAGGUUAUCAUUAUUACUAUUAUUAUUGCUUCAAAAUGAAAUAUGUAUUUGUCCAUACUGGUGACAUUUAUAAACAACUUUGUCAGAAUUAACUGGAAUCACAACAGUAACCCUGUGUCAUUGCCUCAAGACUCCCUAGAAUAAAAUUCUACUUUUUUUUCCUCACUUGGGUUCCAAGAAAUGUGUAUGAGUUUGAUUUCAUUUUUCUCAAGGGUGUUGCAAAACUGUACAAUAUACUAUGUGGAAUAGAUGCCAAGGUAGUUAUUACUUACCAAAUAAACUUGUCACUGAUUUGUGAAAGUAGUAUGAAUUUAGUAAAAACUUUGUUUCCCCACGUCAUAAUCUGCAAAAUUGUAAAGGUUACAUGUAAAACUUAGAGGAGGUCAUAUUCUGGAAGAUGUCCUGUAAUCCUUAUUUCUCACAUCUAUAAUUUGAAUUCUUUUAUUUGCAAUAAAGCUUGACUGUUAAGACAAAGACCAGCAGAGAAAAAGAGAAUAAUUUCACUGACUACUGUCAUGUUUCUCAGCAUCAAUAGCUAUCACAUGAAGGUUUAAAUCAUGUCAAGGCUAGAAUGCUAUGGACAAGUGACCUGCUGAGUUACAAGAGACUGCUCCCUCUGACUAAGAUACUUAUGUGUCAGGGUUGAACUCAACUGUUAAAAAUCAACUAACAUGUCACAUAGCCACCCAUUUCUCACUACCCAUGGCAUUCAUGGUAAAUCCUUGCUUUAAUAAACCAGUUCUUAUGUGACAUGAUCUAGCUGACACAUGGUUCUUCCCAUACCAGCUGAGACAAUGGACUCAUCUAGCAACUUGAGUGAAAUCUUAGGCAAUAAUAUUUAAUAAAGGUGUACUUCAGCUCUGCACUCAGCCCUGCCAAACAUGAGAUGGAGGUGAGUGUUCUAAAUAUUGUUUCGACAGAAAAAGAAGGGAUUAGGAUGUUCUGUUGCUAAAGGAUGGUCAUUAUUUGAAUUCUGUAUUCUCAAAUGUGCCUGCCUUUACAGAUGUUCAUAAACAGGCUCAGUUAACUGUUAGUAGGUGAUUACAACUAAAUAUCACUUUCAAGAGAUGGUGUCAUAUUAUGUCAUGAAGAUCAUGCAUCAAUGCAUCAUUUUAUUAACCCAAAUCAUUAGUACAGACAUGGACAAAUCAGGUAACAAAAUGGUCUUCAGUAGACAAUCCCAGCCUGCCACUUACGAAUCUGCUCUAUCCACCAAUGGUUACAUCAAAUUGCAUGUAAUGUAUGAUAAAAAAUAAAAAAAGUUAUGAUCAUACAAGUAUUUUGUGAAAGUGACCCCCUGAGAGGCAUGAACCUCCUUCAGAGGGGGCUUGAAGAAAUGUUGAUAUGUGCUAAAUAAGUUUAUGGGAAGGAUUGUGCUGUAUAUAAAUUAUCAAAUGCAAACUGCUAAACCAACAAAAUUACUCAUCAAUGAGAUUCUUGAGUGCAUGCAAGGCCACAUCCAUGGUAAACAUGCUGUAGUGCUACAUGAAGGUAUGUUAUAAAUUGCAUUAUUUAUAUCUUCUGUUUACCAAUGACUUGCAUAUAAAUUUACAACUGAC